CGUCUUCAAAAAUUUGCCCAAAUAACUUGAACAUGGAAGAACAGAGGAAGAAAUCCAUGUUGAAACCCAGAUGUUUUUCAGCAUUUGCUCAUGCCUUGUGCUGCAUCAUUUACCUCCUCUCCCAGCUCCUGAUCUUAUCUGAAGCUCAAACCAGUGCUACGACUGAUCCAUCUGAAGUGAGAGCUCUAAACUCCAUUUUCCAGCAAUGGGGUCUCAAGGCAUCAAAUAAGUGGAACAUUAGCGGUGAACCUUGCACUGGAAUCGCUACUGACUCAACGAGUUUCGACAGUACCGACUUCAACUCGGCCAUCAAGUGUGAUUGCUCAUACAACAAUGCCACCACAUGCCAUAUUACUCAAUUGAAAGUUUAUGCAUUGGAAGUAGUGGGGACAAUUGUAAACGAGCUUAUGAAUCUGACUUACCUCACUAAUUUGAAAUUGGGUCAAAAUUACUUCACAGGUCCCCUGCCUAAAUUUUUUGGUAAUUUUACUCAAAUGCAGAACUUGGAUGUUGGUAUUAAUGGUUUAUCUGGGGAGCUUCCAAAAGAACUUGGAAAUCUUAACAAUCUACGCACAUUGGGUAUUGGCUCAAAUAAUUUCUCUGGUCCACUCCCUCCUGAGCUUGGGAAUUUAACAAAUUUGGCAGAAAUUUACUUUGACAGUUCAGGAGUGAGUGGCUGGAUCCCCCCAACAUUUGCCAAAUUACAAAGCUUACAGACAGUGUGGGCAUCUGACAAUGCGCUUACUGGAAAAAUUCCUGAGUUCAUUGGCGGGAAUUGGACUAGGCUUAGUGUCUUGAGGCUUCAAGGAAACUCGUUUGAAGGACCGAUACCUUCAAGUUUUUCUAAUCUAACCUCCUUGACAGAUUUGAGAAUUAGCGAGAUUUCUAAUGGGAGUUCAUCCUUAGCAUUUAUUAAGAAUAUGAAAGCUCUAAGUGUUCUAGUCUUGAGGAAUAACAAUAUUAGUGAUACUAUCCCAUCCAAUAUUAAAGAGUACCAGAGUUUGUCGCUACUGGACUUGAGCUUCAACAAUUUAACUGGACAAAUUCCAAGUUCUCUCUUCAAUUUGAAUAGCCUUUCUUAUUUGUUUCUUGGAAAUAACCAGUUAUUCGGUACCUUGCCUUCUCAGAAGAGUGCCUCACUUCUUAAUAUAGAUUUGUCAUAUAAUCACUUAUCAGGAAUCCUUCCUUCAUGGGUUACGGAAGAAAGCUUGCAAGUCAACUUGGUUGCCAACAACUUCAACAUUAGUGGUUCAAAUAUCAGUGGUUUGCCUUCAGGAUUGAAUUGCCUUCAACGAAAUUUCCCAUGCAAUCGGGUCUCUCCAAUAUAUUAUAACUUCUCUAUCAAGUGUGGAGGUCCAGAAAUUAAGUCUUCUGCGGGGAUUGUAUUUGAGAGGGAGAAUGAAACACUUGGCCCAGCCACUUAUUUUGUCGCCGAAACAGAAAGAUGGGCAGUUAGCAAUGUUGGAAGGUUUGCUGAGAACAAUGAUCCUGAGUAUAUCCUAUCUUCUUCUGCGCAAUUCACAAAUACUUUAGAUUCAGAGUUGUUCCAGACGGCAAGAAUAUCUCCAGGGUCACUAAGAUACUAUGGGCUGGGGCUAGAAAAUGGAAUUUACAAUGUGAGCCUACAAUUUUCUGAGAUUUCAUUCACAAAUACUCAUACUUGGGAAAGUCAUGGAAGGCGUGUGUUUGAUAUUUAUAUCCAGGGUAACCUAUGGCUAAAAGAUUUUGACAUACGGAACGAGGCAGGGGGAAUCUCUUUUUCAGCUGUACAAAAGGAAACCCAGGCCCAAGUGACGGAGAACUUCCUUGAAAUCCAUCUCUUUUGGGCUGGAGAGGGGACUUGUUGUAUACCUAAACAAGGUACAUAUGGACCAUCCAUUUCAGCCAUCAGCGCUGUUCCAAAUUUUGUUCCAACUGUUAGCAACACACCACGUAUACUUACUUCAACAAGAAAGACAAGGACCAGUUUAAUUGUUGGAAUCACUGUUCCUAUUGGAGUUGUCAUCUUUCUAUUUGUUUUGGUGGUUUAUUAUAUUCUUCAAAGAAGGAAAGGGUCGAAUAUUGAUGAAGAUGAAGAGUUUCUAGGUAUAGUUUCUAGACCAAACACCUUCAGUUAUGCAGAAUUGAAGACUGCUACAGAAGACUUCAAUCCUGCUAAUAAGCUGGGGGAGGGAGGCUUUGGACCUGUUUACAAGGGAACGGUUCCUGAUGGAAGGGUGGUGGCUGUGAAGCAACUUUCAGUGGCAUCCCACCAGGGAAAGAAUCAGUUCAUAACAGAGAUCGCUACCAUAUCUGCAGUGCAACAUCGAAACCUAGUGACAUUGUAUGGUUGUUGCAUCGAGGGAGAUAGGAGACUUCUGGUUUAUGAGUACCUCGAAAAUAAAAGCCUUGAUCAAGCACUCUUUGGGAGGAGUGGUUUACAUCUUAGUUGGCCAACUCGCUAUGAUAUCUGUUUGGGGACAGCACGGGGUCUAGCCUAUCUUCACGAGGAGUCGAAGCCUAGAAUUGUACACAGAGAUGUCAAGGCUAGUAAUAUUCUACUUGAUUCUGACCUCAAGCCCAAAAUUUCAGAUUUUGGUUUGGCCAAACUUUAUGAUGACAAGAAGACUCACAUAAGCACUCGAAUUGCAGGAACAAUUGGCUAUCUUGCACCAGAGUAUGCCAUGCGUGGGCACCUAACUGAGAAAGCUGAUGUUUUUGGAUUUGGAGUAGUAGCUCUUGAGAUCAUCAGCGGGAGGCCGAAUACUGACACAAACUUGAAUGGAGAAAAGAUUUAUCUUCUUGAAUGGGCUUGGAAUCUACAUGAAAGUAAUUGUGACCUGGAACUGGUUGAUCCUGCACUAUCAGAAUACAAUGCUGUAGAAGCGAAACGAGUGAUAGGAGUAGUUCUCCUGUGCACUCAAGCAUCACCAUCCCUACGUCCAGCAAUGUCCCGUGUGGUGGCAAUGCUUUCAGGAGAUACUGAAGUGAGCAGUGUCACAUCAAAGCCUGGAUACUUAACUGAUUGGGUAUUCAAUGAUAUAAGCAGCUUUAUGAGUGGUGACACUUCUGGAACCUCAACAAGUGAAAAUCCAAAGAGCCAAACCAAAUCUUCAAAUGCAACCACUGUGGUUGAUGGAGACCAUUUUCCAGUAACUGCCAAUCAAACAAUGCUGCAUGAGAAUUUUGCAGAGGGAAGGUGAUAGUCUCCGUUGAAUUUAUCAAUUGAUGUAUAAAGAAGUCAUAAUUCAAAUAUUUGAUCUUGUAUAUCGCAACAACGAAGGAAUACACAUUCAUGUAAUUUCUGGUUUCCGUUCUUUCU